AUGGCACCCAGCAUGUCACUUCACAGUGUGAUAGCUGUUCUCGUACUCUCACCGGAAGCCGCUGAUCCGCGACUCUUUGCCAAAUACUACAACGGUCCCCACACCUCAAACAACUCUACCGAGCCAAAGCAGCCGUAUGCAAACCUAAAGGAGCAGAAAGCAUUCGAGAAAGGACUCCUUGAAAAGACGGCGAAACAAAGUUCAGAUGUUAUACUCUACGACAACAAGGUUGUUGUGUUCAAAACGGAAGGCGAUGUCAUGCUAUAUGUGGUAGGAGGUGCUGAGGAGAAUGAGAUUCUUCUUUACAACGUUGCGCUGGCACUGCGGGAUUCUCUGGCUAUACUGUUCAAGAACUCUACGGACAAGCGAACGAUCACAGAGAACUACGAUCUUGUUUCACUGGCUAUAGACGAGAUAGUCGAUGAUGGCAUUAUCCUCGAAACAGACCCGGUUAUCGUGUCGACGCGAGUAUCGAGAGCUCCAGCGCAGGACGCACCCAACAUGAAGAACAUAGACCUCAGCGAACAGGGCUUGUUAAACGCAUGGGAGUUUGGAAAGAGGAAACUGGCUGAAGCUGCCAGGAAUAAUAUGUGA